CGUAGUUUUGAGGAUGAUGCGGACAGUGCAGAUGGGAACCGUGCUCAGGCUGCCUUCAAAGUCCCCAAGGUCCCCAAGAAGCCGGCAGAGUCCUCUACUGCACGCAGACCCAGCACUACGGGUUCCAAGAUCGGAGGUAAGAGUCAAGAUCCUAUUUACGUGGAAGUCCGGCCUGGCUUACCUCUUAGAAAGAUAUAUUGAUAUGUCAUUGGGUGCAGUAACCCAGGAGUAAGCACAUUUACAAAUGAAGUUCCUUCGAUUUUAAUUUCAUACCAUUUAGUCUCUUUGUUUAUUUCAUUAGUCUUGAUGACCAAAACACGACUGCUGAGACGUCCGAUAUAAAAUACAAACUUUAUUCAUCACAUUUCUAUGUCCGUUUCUCCUGAGCUGGGGUAAUGGCCAGAUAAACCAUGCUGGCCAAGUUGUUGCUGUGUUGACGGUCAGACGGAGAGCUGAGCUAGCGGGUCGGCUAUCAGGGGUUCGCCACAGUUUAGGAACUCAAUCCGGCUUUCAACUUGCUCUUGAAAGUUGUAAUAGUAGAAUGCACAAGGUGACAUUUCUAAAUUGGGUAGUGAAUCAUCAGUUUUCCUCUUGUCUUGUCAGUCGUUGUAUAGCUUAGAGAACUAUUUAUAACUUGUCAGAAAUGUCCAGAUCAACUAGCCCAUGUCGGCUAACGUUUUGUAGCUAGGUUUUGUAGCCUAUAGAUUUUGUUGUUAUGUUUGAGUCACUCAAAUAGCACAUUAAUAUACAUUAGACAUGGAAAAAUGGUAUAGAAUUGCACACAAAAAAAAGCUUUAAAGGGCAAACUGUUCUCUGAUGGUUGGAGUGAACCUACAGGAGGGUAGCUCUCCAGGAACAGGGUUGGAGUGAACCUACAGGAGGGUAGCUCUCCAGGAACAGGGUUGGAGUGAACCUACAGGAGGGUAGCUCUCCAGGAACAGGGUUGGAGUGAACCUACAGGAGGGUAGCUCUCCAGGAACAGGGUUGGAGUGUCACUCAGACUGGGGGAUACACGCUCUCUGUCCUCUGUGUCUCUAGGUGCGUCUAAGGAUGGAGCCGGGGGCAUCGAUGAGGAAGACUUCAUCAAAGCUUUCACUGACGUCCCCACAGUACAGGUAACACACACACGCUAGUAUGCAUUAGUACCAGGACUGCAAGCGAAGUAGAUAAGACUGUUUGUGGAUACAACCACUAGUGUGAACUAAAUCUGUCUCUCUGUCUGCCUGUCUCUCUCUCUCUGUCUCGCUCUGUCUGUCUCUCUCUCUGUCUCGCUCUGUCUGUCUCUCUCUCUGUCUCGCUCUGUCUGUCUCUGUCUCUCUCUCUCUGUCUCGCUCUGUCUGUCUCUCUCUCUGUCUCGCUCUGUCUGUCUCUCUCUCUGUCCUCGCUCUGUCUGUCUCUCUCUCUGUCUCGCUCUGUCUGUCUCUCUCUCUGUCUCGCUCUGUCUGUCUCUCUCUCUGUCUCGCUCUGUCUGUCUCUCUCUCUGUCUCGCUCUGUCUGUCUCUCUCUCUGUCUCGCUCUGUCUGUCUCGCUCUGUCUGUCUCUCGCUCGCUCUGUCUGUCUCUCGCUCUGUCUCGCUCUGUCUGGCUCUGUCUCGCUCUGUCUGUCUCUCGCUCUGUCUCGCUCUGUCUGUCUCUCGCUCUGUCUGUCUCUCGCUCUGUCUCGCUCUGUCUGUCUCUCGCUCUGUCUGUCUCUCGCUCUGUCUCGCUCUGUCUGUCUCUCGCUCUGUCUCGCUCUGUCUGUCUCUCGCUCUGUCGGUCUGUCUCUCUCUGUCUCUCUCUCGGUCUGUCUCUCUCUCGGUCUGUCUCUCUCUCUCUCUCUCUCUCCUCUCUCUCUCUCUCUCUCUCUGUCUGUCUCUCGCUCUGUCUCUGUCUGUCUGUCAGAUCUACUCAUCUCGUGACCUGGAGGAUAACCUGAACAAGAUCAGAGAGAUCUGUUCUGAUGACAAACAUGACUGGGACCAGAGAGCCGCCGCAAUGAAGAAGAUCCGCUCGCUGAUUGUUGCCGGGGCGACGGAGUACGAGUGUUUCUACCAGCACCUGAGGCUGUUGGACGGAGCGUUCAAACUGUCAGCUAAAGACCUCCGAUCACAGGUGGUACGGGAGGCCUGCAUCACUGUGGCGUGAGUACUACACACACACACACACACACACACACACACACAAAUGCGCGUUCACACACACAUCUUCUUUUUACGUUUCUUUUUACAUUACUUCUCUGGGAAAAAUAUUUUAAAAUGGAAUUAGCACUUAAUCUCUCCCUCUCUCUGUCCAGCCACCUGUCGACAGUGUUAGGUAAUAAGUUUGACCAUGGAGCCGAGGGCAUUCUUCCUGUCCUGUUCAACCUCAUCCCUAACUGUGCCAAGGUUAUGGCCACAUCAGGAGUCUCUGCUAUACGCUUUAUCAUACGGGUGAGUUAGACCGCCACACACACCUAACACACACGCACCUGACACAGAUAAUUAAAUGACCUUUUGUGUAUUUCUCUCCCUCUCUCUCCCUCUCUCUCCCUCUCUCUGCCUCUCUCUCCCUCUCUCUGCCUCUCUCUCCCUCUCUCUGCCUCUCUCCCUCUCUCUGCCUCUCUGCCUCUCUCUCUGCCUCUCUGCCUCUCUCCUCCUCAUCUCCUCUCUCUGCCUCUCUCUCACUCUCUCUGCCUCUCUGUCUCACUCCCCCUCUCUGCGCCUCUCUGUCUCACUCCCCCUCUCUACCUCACUCCCCCUCUCCGCCUCUCUCCGCCUCUCUCCGCCUCUCUCUGCCUCACUCCCUCUCUCUCUGCCUCACUCCCCCUCUCUGCCUCACUCUGCCUCUCUCUGCCUCUCUCUCUCCCUCCCUCCCUCCCUCUCUCUGCCUCUCUCUGCCUCUCUCUCUGCCUCUCUCUCUGCCUCUCUCUGCCUCUCUCUCUGCUCUCUCUCCCUCUCUCUGCCUCUGCAGCACACACACGUUCCCAGACUCAUUCCCCUGAUCACCAGUAACUGCACCUGCAAGUCUGUGGCCGUCAGAAGGUGAGGGUGAUGAAAAUAAUUGAUGAAGUUGAUGAAACUGAAGAGGAUUGUAGUAAUGAUGUUUCUUCCUCCCUCAGGAAAUGCUUUGACUUCCUGGACCUGCUGCUGCAGGAGUGGCAGACCCAGACUCUGGAGAGGUGAGAGGUCAACACACAGCCGGACAAAUAUAGGGCCGUUCAAAAGCCAAUGGAAUCUUGGUAGAAUCUUAUACACGUGUUAUUUGCAUGACGUAACAAUGUACAUAUUGCCAAAGCGUACUUUUGGAAAUUAAAUGAUUCAUUUACAAUAUUAACAUUAGUUAAAAUAAUAAUAAUCAAUAUUGUCAACGGGACAAUCAGUAACAACAAUAAUCAAGGGUCAAAAUAACCAUUGAACAAUAACAAUGGCAUAGAGGACAUGUGCAGGUUGGUUGGUCUGUCAGACACUGUCCCUCAUCUUAUGGCAGGCAGCAAUGUAGUGAGCUGCCAACCACAGCUCUCUAAGUCCUCCCCCAACAGGACAGGUAGCCUGAGUCCUCCCCCAACAGGACGGGUAGCCUGAGUCCUCCCCCAACAGGACGGGUAGCCUGAGUCCUCCCCCAACAGGACGGGUAGCCUGAGUCCUCCCCCCAACAGGACGGGUAGCCUGAGUCCUCCCCCAACAGGACGGGUAGCCUGAGUCCUCCCCCAACAGGACGGGUAGCCUGAGUCCUCCCCCAACAGGACGGGUAGCCUGAGUCCUCCCCCAACAGGACGGGUAGCCUGAGUCCUCCCCCAACAGGACGGGUACCUGAGUCCUCCCCCAACAGGACGGGUAGCCUGAGUCCUCCCCCAACUGGACGGGUAGCCUGAGUCCUCCCCCAACAGGACGGGUAGCCUGAGUCCUCCCCCAACAGGACGGGAAGCCUGAGUCCUCCCCCAACAGGACGGGUAGCCUAUUCUCAUCAGAGAGGUCUUUUGAAACCAUAAAUAAGGGUUUCAUAUUUGGGGAAAUUAGACUCUGUAAUUGUUUAAUAUUUUGUCAGGAAAGGCAGCUCUGUCUCGGGUUCUGCUGUGGUGCAGUGGUUGCACAGCCUUUCCUCUACAGGGAGCCAGGUUUUCCUCUGUCUACCCUUCUCAAUGGCAAGGCUGUGCUCACUGAGCCUGUACUUUGUCAAGGUUUCUCUAAGAUUUUGAUCAGUAAUCAUGGUGAAAUAGUUUCUCUCAGUGUCUGCCUGUCUCUCUCUCAGGCAUGCAGCGGUGAUGGUAGCGAGCAUUAAGAAGGGAAUCGCAGAUGCCGACGCAGAGGCCAGGGUAGAGGCACGCAAGUAAGAAUACACACAUACACACACACACAUUUAGCAGACGCUAACAUCCAGAGCGACUUAUAUUUUCAUACUUUUUUCGUACUCGUCCCCCGGGGGAAUGGAACCCACAACCCUGGCGUUGCAAGCGCCAUGCUCUACUAACUGAACUAACAGAACACACCACACACCACCACACACAGCAUUACACACAUUUGCCUACACACAUACUCACACCUCACACCUUAUUUCUUCUCUCUCUCUCCUCCCUCUCUCCCACCCUCCCCUCUCCCCCAUCUCUCCACUCCUCCCCCUCCUCCCACACUCUCUCUCCUCCACUCUCUCUCCUCCCUCUCUCUUCCUCUCUGUCCCUCCUCCCCUAUCUCGCUCUCUCUUCCCUCCCUCCGCUCUCUCUGUCCUCCCCUCUCUCUCCUCCCUCUCGCUCUUGUCCUCUCUCCUCUCCCUCCGCCUCGCCUACUCGUCUCUCUCGCUCCCUCCUCUCUCUCUCUCCUCCCCCUUUUCUCUCCUCCCUCUCUCUUCUCCCUCUCUCCCUCCUCCCCCUUCUCGCUUCCUCCCCCUCCUCCUCUCCCCGCCCUCUCUCUCCCCCUCUCUCUCCCUCUCUCUCCCCUCCUCUCCCCUCUCCCCUUCUCUCUCCUCCCUCCUCUCUCUCUCCCUCUUCUCCUCCUCCCCUCUCUUUCUCUCUCCCUCUCCGUUCCCUCUCUCCCUCCUCCCCUAUCUCUCUCUCUCUCCCUCCUCGCUCUCUCUCCUCCCCUCUCUCUCAGGGCAUACUGGGGUCUUAGGAACCAUUUCCCGGGGGAGGCGGACUCUCUGUUCAACUCGUUAGAACCGUCCUAUCAGAAGAGCCUCCAAUCGUCUCUCAAGAGUUCCGGGAGCGUGACGUCUCUUCUCAGAGCGACCGCUCCUCUUCCUCAUCACAGGAGAGCCUCAAGUAAUGAGCCCUGACCUUAAUCACCUGACCCCUGACUUUUGACUAUACGUUUUUGGGAGGAGGGGCUCAGAGGUACCCGAAAAGUAAUGUUCUGCUCUCUCGCCCUUUCCUUCUCGCUCUCUCUCUCUCCUCUCUCCCCUCUCUCUCCCCUCUCUCCCCCCUCCCCCUCUCUCUCCCCUCUCCCCUCUCCCCUCUCCCCUCUCCCCCUCGCCCCCACUCCCCCCUCAUCCCUCCCCUCCCCCCUCUCCCCUCUGGCCCCCUCUCCCUCCCCCCCUCAUCCCCCAUCCACUCCCCCUCCCCGCUCUCCCCUCUCUCCUCUCCCCUCUCUCUCACCCUCUCUUCUCCCUCUCCCCUCUCCCCUCUCCCCUCCCCUCUCUCUCCCCUCUCUCCAGUCCCCUCUCAUCUCCCCUCUCUCCUCCUCCCCCCCUGCUAUCUCCCCCCUCUCCCUCUCCCCCUCUCCUCACUAUCUCUUCCUUCCCAGUCGUCCUCUGUCAUCUAAAUGGUCAGCUGCUCCUGGAAGAGGUGAGACAUACACGCACACAUACGUCUCCGGUAUUGAUAACAUCAUGAUGUUGUGGUGUGUUUGUGUUUAUUAUAUACAGUGCAUUCGGAAAGUAUUCAGACCCCUUGACUUUUUCCACCUUUUUUUACGUUACAGCCUUAUUCUAAAAUGGAUUAAAUAAAUGUUUUUCCUCAUCAUUCUACACACAAUACCUCAUAGUGACUAAGCAAAAACAGGUUUUUAGAAAUGUUUGCAAAUUUGUAAAAAAAAUAAAAACGGACACCUUAUUUACAUUAAUAUUCAGACCCUUUGUUAUGAGACUUGAAAUUGAGCUCAGGUGCAUCCUGUUUCCAUUGAUCAUCCUUGAUGUUUUUACAACUUGAUUGGAAUCCACCUGUGGUAAAUUCAAUUGAUUUGACAUGAUUUGGAAAGGCACACACCUGUCUAUAUAAGGUCCCACAGUUGACAGUGCAUGUCAGAGCAAAAACCAAGCCAUGAGGUCGAAGGAAUUGUCCGUAGAGCUCUGAGACAGGAUUGUGUCGAGGCACAGAUCUGGGGAAGGGUACCAAAAAACAUUUCUGCAGCUUUGAAGGUCCCCAAGAACAGAGUGGCCUCCAUCAUUCUUAAAUGGAAGAAGUUUGGAACCACCAAGAUUCUUCCUAGAGCUGGCCACCCGGCCAAACUGAGCAAUCGGAGGAGAAGGGCCUUGGUCAGGGAGGUGACCAAGAACCCGAUGGUCACUCUGACAGAGCUCCAGAGUUCCUCUGUGGAGAUGGGAGAACCUUCCAGAAGGACAACCAUCUCUGCAGCACUCCACCAAUCAGGCCGUUAUGGUAGAGUGGCCAGACGGAAGCCACUCCUCAGAAAGGCACACGGCAGCCCGCUUGGAGUUUGCCAAAAGGCACCUAAAGGACUCUCAGACCAUGAGAAACUAUAUUCUCUGGUCUGAUGUAACCAAGAAUGAACUCUUUGGCCUGAUUGCCAAGUUUCAUGUCUGGAGGAAACCUGGCAUCAUCCCUACGGUGAAGCAUGGUGGUGGCAGCAUCAUGCUGUGGGGAUGUUUUUCAGCGGCAGGGACUGGGAGACUAGUCAGGCUGGAGGAGCAAAGUACAGAGAGAUCCUUGAUGAAAAUCUGCUCCAGAGCGCUCAGGACCUCCGACUGGGGCGAAGGUUCACCUUCCAACAGGACAACGACCCUAAGCACACAGCCAAGACAACGCAGGAGUGGCUUCUGAACAAGUCUCUGAAUGUCCUUGAGUGGCCCAGCCAGAGUCCGGAAUUGAACCCGAUCGAACAUCUCUGGAGAGACCUGAAAAUAGCUGUGCAGCAACGCUCCCCAUCCAACCUGACAGAGCUUGAGAGGAUCUGCAGAGAAGAAUGGGAGAAACUCCCCAAAUACAGGUGUGCCAAGCUUGUAGCGUCAUACCCAAGAAGACUCAAGGUUGUAAUCGUUGCCAAAGGUGCUUCAACAAAGUACUGAGUAAAGGGUCUGAAUACUAUUUGCAAAAAUGUCUAAAAACCUGUUUUUGCUUUGUCAUUAUGGGGUAUUGUGUGUAGAUUGAUGAGGGGAAAAAACGUUUAUCCUUUUUAGAAUAAGGCUGUAACAAUGUGGAGAAUGUCAAGGGGUCUGAAUACUUUCCAAAUGCACUGUGUGCAAGCAAGUGAUUGUAUAGUAGGUGGUGGUGGUAUUUGUGGUUUUUGCAUGUGUGUGUAUAUAUAUAUCCUCCUUCCUCCCUUCCCCCUCCCAGUCCCGGCGGGUCAUAAGGGCGGGGCGUCACCGGGCUCCCUGCAGCGUUCCCGUAGCGAUGUGGAUGUUAAUGCGGCAACGGUUGCUAAGCAGCGGCACAUCGGGCAUGUGGGGGCGGGGAGACUGACCCCCAGCUCCUACUCCUCAUUGGGUAAGGAAGCUGUCAAUCAAACUAGACAGCCAACCAAUCAGACAGACAGUUUAGACAUCAGUCUAUAUCAGUCAGCCGCCCGUCAAUCAGUCCAUCAAUUAAUAAAUCAAUCACCCAGACGCGCGCGCACACACGCAGACACACACGCACGUACACACACACACACACACACACACACACACCACACACACAGUCAUAGGCUGUAUGUUAAAAUGGUUUCCUGCGCCUUUCAAGACCUGGGCUGAACAUCUCUGAAUACACUUCCUGCCUCUCUCUCUCCUCCCCCAUGUUUGUCUGAGUGUGGCUCUCUGUGUGUGUGCUUGCUGUCUGUAUUGGUGUUGUCUGGCUGUGUUUGUGUAGCUGUGGUCUGUCAGUGUGUAUCUGUUUGGACUAUGUUGUCUUACUAACACAGACACUAUACCUCUCUUUCUCUUUCUCGCUCUCUGCCACUAAAGAUGAUGCCUCUGAUAAAACAGAUGGUAAGAUCAACUCCUUCACUCUCCGCCGCUCAAAAACACCCCACGCUUUUCUUAUUUUCCUUUCUCUAUGUUUUCUUUAAUUCCUCCCUUCAUCCCUCCUUCCUGGACAGGAAAGAGUUAACUCUGUAACCAUGGCGCCCUCUGCUGUUCCUCUGUACUCUCACAUUAUCUCGUAUUCCAUAAAUGUGACCGACCGGCUCAAUUCGGUCUUAUAAAGCUACAUUUAAUUUUUUACUUUCGAUAAAAGUAGAGACUCAGAGCUAGAACAUGGUAUAUCAUACACUACAGUUGAGGAACAAUGGGAAAAUAAUUCUGCUUUGGAAGUUGAUUAACUUGUAACUCCACUUUUGAGAAAAUGGCCCUUGAAUGUUUUGGUACACCUACUGGGAAGCUCUUCUUUGUCUACACCCAUUCAGCAUCAUUCACAACCUCUUAAGCCUUAGCCCCACCCAUCUCUUUAAGGAUUUACAUGUGAGGCCAUGUGCUAAACAGAGUGAGUACGGUAGUGCACUAAACAACGAAAGAUUUCAAGACUAAAGGCUGGUUUAUACUACGUCUAUCGACAUGUCUGUAGACAGUUGUCGCAGUGACAUCACGAACAUUCUAUUGUUGUCUGACAUCAAACUUGUUGUCGUUAUGAAAAAGUAUAAACACAAAAAUGACAUCAGCGGAUUGGUGGUCCAAAAUAGCAAAACUGUUGUAUGAAUGUUGUUUUUGAUGAAAUGUUUUUAUUUUAUUUUUAUUUUUUUAUGAAUAAAUGAAAUUUGAUUUCUGUGUCAAAUCGCAAUAUUGGCAACCCAUCCCUUAUGGGAUUAAUUGACACAUAAACAAUGAUUACAAUAAUUCAGUGUGGUAAUUCAAAGAUAAUUCUUUCAGUGUUCUCUGCAUUGCCCAUCACAUUAAGAGUGAACAAACGUAAGGUACAAAUCAAUACAUAAUAGUCAAUAACGUUAUGCAAACAAUAAUUAUAUCCCUAGAGCAAUACAAUUAUAUACAUACAUACAGUACCAGUCACCUACUCAUUCAAGGGUUUUUCUUUACUUUUACAAUUUUUUACAUUGUAGAAUAAUAGUGAAGACAUCAAAACUAUGAAAUAACACAUAUGGAAUCAUGUAGUAAGUAUACAGAAGAUAGCCCUAUUUGGUAAAAGGCCAAGUCCAUAUUAUGGCAAGAACAGCUCAAAUAUGCGAAGAGAAACGACAGUCCAUCAUUACUUUAAGACAUGAAGGUCAGCCAAUACGGACAAUUUCAAGAACUUUGAAAAGUUUCUUCAAGUGCAGUCGAAAAACCCUUGAAUGAGUAAGUGUGUCCAAACUUUUGACUGGUACUGUACACACGUACCAUUAACCACAUAGAAACGAAAUAACUAUAGGUAGCCCUUUUUACUUUUAUUCCAGGCUUUAUCUAAAUAUUCCGCAAACGGAAAUACAUAAUGGACAAAAAAACAUUUCAGUUUCUCAUCAUCGCUCAGCCACAUAAUGCCAGGGUAUAUCUGGAAUAAGAGCAAGCGUAUAUAUCGUGGUAGAAAGGGCAAUAGAUGAUCAAAUUAGUUUCAUUUUAUAUUUCUGUAUUUUAACACCAAUAAACCCAUCCGUUUAAAAAUGCAUUUAGUAAUGCCAAUCUUGCAAACCAGGCAACUAAAUCGACUAUCUAAACAAUGUUUUGGUUAGUUUCUAGCUUGUUAGCUAGCUAGCUAAUGUUAAGUUAGCUGGCUAGCUAGUUCAAAUAAUGACCAUAUUAUAUAGCUGACAAUGUCUUAAGUUUAGCUAAUUUGUAUUUGUUAUUGCAGGAAAAUAAACUCACAACAAGAUCAUUCUUUACAAGUUAAUGGUGAGCUCAUUACAGAAAAUAACUUGUAGCUCAGUUGGUAGAGCAUGGCGCUUGCAACGCCAGGGUUGUGGGUUCGAUUCCCACGGGGGACGAGUAUAUAAAUAAAUAAAUAAUGUAUGCACUCACUAACUGUAAGUCGCUCUGGAUAAGAGCGUCUGCUAAAUGACUAAAAUGUUUUGAGUGUGACUAAAUAAAACCAGGGCAUUCUACCUGAGAAUUUUAUAACUUUGACACUGUCUCGUUGGACUAAUAUUAUAUCCUAAUUUGACUUUGGUGCAGGUCAUGUUCUUCACAUUACCAUUUCUGGUAAACACACACGAUAUCAAAUAUAAUCUAAGUUUAUUAGUCACAUGCACAGGAUACAGAAGAUGUAAACGUUACAGUGAAAUGGUUACUUGUAUAGUGGAGUAUUUUUUUUUAGACAUGUAGCUAGCUAGCUAAACAAUGAACCAUUAUCCCAACUCAUUACGUUACUACCCUGCAUGAAUCUGCAGGUAGCUUAAGCUAACCAACUAUGUUCAAUGUUAGCUUGCUAGCUUACAUUAGGCUAUAACUAGCAAUGCAAAUGGAUCUGAGAUACGAAUAAUAUUAUUACACAGAUCAUACACGUAAUGUUAGCUAGCUAACGACUUUCUUACAAAGUUAGCAACCUAUCAUAUCUGAAAAUGUAACUAGCUAGACGCUCUUACCCGUAUACACGGAUGAAAGCGUCUCCCUCUUGCAAGCCGAAGAACACAAUCCCAACCGUGAAGCAUGGGGGUGGCAAUAUCAUGCUGUGAGGGUGCUUUGCUGCAGGAGGGACUGGUGCACUUCACAAAAUAAAUGGCAUCAUGAGGAAGGAAAAUUAGUUACAGCAGCUCUGUCAGGAGGAAUGGGCCAAAAUUCACCCAACUUAUUGUGGCUACCCGAAACAUUUGACCUAAGUUAAACAAUUUAAAGGCAAUGCUAACCGAAAUACUAAUUGAGUGUAUGUAAACUUCUGACCCACUGGGAAUGUGAUGAAAGAAAUAAAAGCUGAAAUAAAUCAUUCUCUCUACUAUUAUUCUGACAUUUCACAUUCUUAAAAUAAAGUGGUGGUCCUAACUGACCUAAGACAGGGAAUUUUUACUAGGAUUAAAUGUCAGGAAUUGUGAAAAACUGAGUUUAAAUGUAUUUGGCUAAGGUGUAUGUAAACUUCCGACUUCAUCUGUACCUGUAUAUAGACUCGUAGUAUUCAGCAGUAAUGCUUCUUACCUUCUCUAAACUAGUGCUUAGUAGUGGAGGGUGGUGGGCUCUGUUCUAUUCAGAAAGUGUGAGAAGUGUGUGUCCAGUCAGUGUCCGGUCUAACAGUAUGACCCCUAACCUCAGGUCGUCUGAGGACCAAGCAGCCUCUCACCACGGCAACAAGCAUCAGCCAGGUGGACUCCCGGGGACGCGCCCGCACCAAGAUGGUGUCCCAGUCACAACGUAAGGAGAAACACACACACAUGCCUUAAACACACACACACACACACACACACGUUCACACAACUUUUGAGCCUCAAAUACCACAUCCCUCACAUACACACAAUGUAACACUGUUGUGAAUGUAUAAGUGUAUUUGGCCGUGUGUGUUUGCGAGAUAAGUUAUACACACUCUUUCUGUAGUCACUGCUGGUAUCCGUCACAGUGACAAUAAGCUCCUGCAAAUGUUUUGUAUACCUCUUAGGUUCCUACGAAUCAGAUUUCACACCAGGUAUUGUGUAUGUGUGUGUGUGUGUUUUGCAGUGGGUUAGAUGGACCCAUUAUGUUGCUCUCAUGGUCACCUUUGUUUUUUGUGAGAGGGGGUGUUUUCUCUGCAUGCUCUGUUGUCUCACCACUGAGAGUGUUUUGUUGUUGGUGUGAAGAGUCCAGGUCUGCCAAUAGUAAUACCAAAACAUGACAAAAUACAACUAACGCGGCACCCGGCGCUAACUAACGCGGCACCCGGCGCUAACUAACGCGGCACCCGGCGCUAACUAACGCGGCACCCGGCGCUAACUAACGCGGCACCCGGCGCUAACUAACGCGGCACCCGGCGCUAACUAACGCGGCACCAGGCGCUAACUAACUCGUUCUGACUUCUCUGGUACCAGCGUAGCAGUGGACUGGUCUGACCUCUCUGGAACCAGCGUAGCAGUGUGUGUGUGUGUGUUUUAAAUAAACUGUAGUGACCAUUAAGCCCCCAAAUCAUAAUCCAAAUGAUGGAUUAUGGGUUUGAUGUGAAAAUCAGGAAUCUGCUGCCACAGACGAGUUCAAAUGGGAUCACUCUGAUGAGGCUCCCACUGAGAUUAACAGAGAGAAAAUUAAGAAUGAUGUGGGAGAUAGCUUUGGGAUAGAGAGCUGUGCUAGUGCAGUGCAGGUUUUGGGUGUGUGUGUGUGUGUGUGUGAGAGUGUGUCUGUGUGUGAGUGUGUGUUUUUAGAGCAUUUUUACUUUAAGGUGUUUUUAUUUCCUCCAUUGUAAAGCUGCUUUGCUUUGUCAGCGAUACGUCUGCGUCACACACCGGCUACCCAUCAUGCAAUGUUUUACUGUUCCUCCAUCAAGCAUCACAGCUGGCUCCGUGUGUGUCAGCCUUCAAAGUUUAUUCUAUAUUUAUUAAUAUUUCAUUGAUACAUUUAUUUCCGUGUUUUGAAGCGUGUUCAUUGUCGCUUUCAUUCUCUCGUCUAGGAACGCUCGGAAUGCUCCCAUGAUGCUCUCUGUAUUCUAACUCCCAUGGUGCUUUGUGCUCUUAACACCCAUAAUCCAUCUUGUUUAAUUUCCUGUUCCUGUCCCCGCCUCCGCUCCCUUCCCAACCAAUGGUCUUACGGCUCCUCCCCCCUCUUUCCAAUCCCUCCUUCUCGUUGAUGCAGGAUCUCAAUCUGCUACCCCCGUUGGUAAGAAUCUAACGUCUACUACCUGUUACCCUCACCCCCUCUCUCACCCUUCAUCUGUUCUCACCCCUCACCCAAGCUGGUCACCUAAAGCUCCACCCCUUCUCUGGCUGAAGCAUGCUGGGACUUUUAGUUCAAACUGAAACAUGGCUUUCUGCCUUCUAUGACUCCUUACUCUCUGAGCUGAGGCCUGUGUCUACCUGUUAGGAGGUAGCAGAGGGGAUGAGGGGAUAGAUGCAGGAGAUAUGAGAGAGAAGGGGAGGGGAGGGAGCGAUGCAUUGGGUGAUUCUGAUGCAUGGGAAGUAGAAUGCCAUGUGACCAGCAUGCUCUGACAGACCAGACCACUCUGAGGUGGGGUUGUAGGGACACGGAGGUAUCUUAGUCACGUAGUGUUGGCUCCAUCUCACUGGGUGUUACAAGUCACUCAUAGUGGUGUGUGUGUAGUAUGGUUUGUGUAUUCUAGAAUGGUUUGUGUAUUCUAGUAUGGUUUGUGUAUUCUAGUAUGGUUUGUGUAUUCUAGUAUGGUUUGUGUAUUCUGCGUGUGUGGUGAAAUAGAUUGAUUUGAUACGUUUCAGUUGUGUGGUAAACAGUUUUUCUCACUUGUGCCACAUUACCCUCUCUUUCCACACAUUUCACUUUCACACCUCUUCACGUCUGUCUUUGAGUUAAGAUUUUACAUUUACAUUUUAGUCAUUUAGCAGACGCUCUUAUCCAGAGCGACUUACAGUUAGUGAGUGCAUACAUUUUUUUAAUCUUUUAAAUCUUUUUUUUUCAUAAGAUAGAUCACAAAACUAAGGCAUGUGUAGAUCUGUGUCAGUCACCAUGAGGCAUUAUGGGCAGUGUGAUUGGCGACUGGAGGAAUGAAGAACAUAUAUUCUACUCCAUGUCAUUAUUUGGGAAUAAGCAAACGACCCACCGAAGAUGACCGUCUCAAAGCUGGUCCACUGAGUCCGGUUGAAAACAACCCCUAACCCUGAAAUCAAAAUGGCUGAAGUUCCAUGGAGUCCAUUCACCAUGUUCCUACACAGAUCUAGUUCCUUCUGAUCUGCUUACCAGACCUGGGUCAAUAAUACACUCAAAUAUUUUCAAAGACUUUAGUUGCACUUGAUUUACUAUUGAAGUAAUGGGAAUAAUACUCCCAUAAGGUACAAACAAGCGCACCUUGUACUUUUUAAGUGUUUGACGUAUGUAUUUCAUUUAACCCAGAUCUGAUGCAGACAUGGUGAUGGGGCUAGGGGAUGUUAUUCCGUAGACAACAGUGUCCCACUCAUGACUAGUGUGUGGUCUGUGUCUCUAACUCUCUCCCCUCCCUCCCUCUCUCUCUAGCCGGCAGUCGGAGUGGUUCCCCGGGCCGUGUCCUGACCAGUACAGCUCUGAGUACGCUGGGUUCUGGAGCCCAGAGGGUCCUAGCCGGGGCCGGAGGGGCUGGGACGGGAGGGAGACGUAGCCGCAUCCCCCGCAGCCAGGGCUGCUCACGAGACUCCUCCCCUACACGCCUGUCUGUUGGUGAGUAGGGCACACGGUUCCCCAAGCCGCCUCCUUUUCCUUACUCGACAGGAUGCAUUGAUUUUUAUCUUUGUUUGUUAUUUCUAAACCAAUAAAAUCGUCCCCUCCCCCAUUGGCCUGCUUCUGUUUCUUCCUGCUCACGCCUGAUUGGCUAAGGCCCAGAGAUUGACAGGUUUCACACACACACACACACACACACACACACAGGGGUUCUGCGUGCAUCUCCCUCUGGACUCUUACCUCGUUGUCAUGACAACUUGAUCAAUCCCCACCAAUCGCAUGCUUCCCUUGCCACCGCAUCGUUGUGUGAUGAUGUCACAGAUCAGUCCGUUCGUUUCUCCCAACAACUUUGAAAGCAAUAAUUAUUUUAAAGCUGACGUCUCUAUUUUACUCCCUCUGUCUUCUUCCUCUCCUACCUCUUUCCUCUGGUCUCCAGCUCCUUCCAGUAUUAGUUCCAUCUACAAAGGAGCGAGCAGAGGAGGUAAGAACUCUCCGACUACCAUCCCUCUAACAACUCCACCUCUGCCCACGUCCCUCCAUCUCCAUGUCUUUCUAUCUCCAUCUCUCUGUCCACCCCUCCAUCUCUCUGUCCACCCCUCCAUCUCUCUGUCCACCCCUCCAUCUCUCUGUCCACCCCUCCAUCUCUCUGUCCACCCCUCCAUCUCUCUGUCCACCCCUCCAUCUCUCUGUCCACCCCUCCAUCUCUCUGUACACCACUCCAUCUCUCUCGCCAGCACUCUAUCUCACUCUCUCAUCCCCCUCCAUCUCUUUCACGCCAUUCCGUCAGGCUGUUGAUCACCGCCUCAAAAUACCAGAAUCCUCCUCUCUAACCUCCUAACUCAUGGCUGUGUGUGUCAUGGCGAUGGGUUGCCAUGGUAAUCAUGGUGACAAUUUGCAUCUUGCCACUAACCAAUUGGCCGCAGGUGUGAAUGAAGCGUCAAAGGAUCGGUGACAUUACACUUCCUUAGUCUGGCGUUACUUGAAUUGGUGCUGUGUGCCGGCUCUUACCAUACAUUCGGAUGAGCUUAUGCUUUGGAUAACUAAGGUGCCUGCCCGCCUCUCCAACCCACUUUCAUCUGCUCUAUUUACUUCUGUAACAUGUCUGUCGUCCCCUUCUGUGUUCUCUCUCUCCUGUCUGGUCUCUCUCUGUCCUCUGUCUGUGUCUGUCUUCUCUUCUGUCUGUCUGUUUCUGUGUCUUCUGCUCUCUGUCUUCUGUCUUCUCGUCUCUCUGUCUGUGUGUACUCCUGUAGGCUUGGGUUGUUCUCCUCUUCUCUCCUGUCUUACCGUCAUGUGUCCCUCUCCGUAUCUUGUCUAAUCCUGCUGUUGACUAGGCUUCUCUCUCUGUCUGGUCUCCUUCUGGUCCUGUCUGUCUGUGGUCUCUAGAUCUACUAGUCGUGUAAAUCCUCUAGCGUCGUGGUAUCUACUGCCUCUGUCGACUUUACUCUCUCUCUCUAAACUUGUGCGGCGUCAUCCCUCAUCAAGUCUCGUGUCUCUCUCCUCAAUGCGUCUCCUCUGCCUCUGCUGUAUACUAAUCUCCGUCUGGCUCUUGUUUGUCUCGUCUCUCAGUACUGCACUCUAUUGUCACCUGUCUCACUGCGGCUUCUCUUUGGUUCUCUGACUUAAUGUCUGUCAAGGUAUCUAGCUCUGCAUCACUUUGUUUUCUCUCUCUUGCUCUCUUGUCUCUCCUUGUUCUGUCUCUGCCACAGUCUCUCUCUCUGUGGUGUUCUUUGUACAACCACGUGAUUGGGUACUACGUCUCCUCUACUGAAGACGUGCUGUGCUUUCCGUCCCUAAAUCAUGUGUACUAAUUACCGCCGAAGUCUACUAAGUCUACAAUACUCAUGAUACCAAAUUGACGACUUGUAACCAUCCGGGCUUCCAAUCCUGUAAGGCUUCUCUUAAACCCAAGUAGCGCGAGUCAGUCAUUCAGAGCCCGACUCUGUACUUUAGGGCUGUCUAACAGGCUAUUAUUGGCCUUCCUCAUGUAAAAAAAAAAAAACUAUUGAGACUCGCCCAUGAAGCCAGUAGGGCUGUACUCUUAUUCGGUCCUGUCUAUCAGUGUCACUCUAAUGUCUCUCUCUCUCUCACGCGCGCUCUCUCUCUGUCUCUCUCUCUCUGUGUUAAUUUGUUGUUCUAUCCCUCUUUAUUUUUCUCCUUUGUCCUCUCUCUCUGUGUCUAUCCGUUUCCCUUACCCUCGGUCUCCCCCCCCCUCCCCUCCCCUCCCCCUGGGACAUUACCAUGGUGUACUGUAGCUCGGGGCAGUCGUAUCCCUCGGCCCAGUAUGAGUCAGGGCUGUAGCAGGGAGGCCAGCCGAGAGAGCAGCAGAGACACCAGCCCUGUACGCUCCUUUACACCCCUGGGUGAGUAACACACACACACAUCAUCGACACUACGUAGUAACACACACACACAUCAUCGACACCACGUAGUAACACACACACACACACACAUCAUCGACACUACGUAGUAACACACACACACACCAUCGACACUACGUAGUAACACACACACACACCAUCGACACUACGUAGUAACACACACACACACACAUCAUCGACACUACGUAGUAACACACACACACACACACACAUCAUCGACACUACGUAGUAACACACACACACAUCAUCGACACUACGUAGUAACACACACACACACACAUCAUCGACACUACGUAGUAACACACACACACACACACAUCAUCGACACCACGUAGUAACACACAAACAAAGACAAGCCAUCAUUAUGGAACAACAAAACGGACAACCUUGCAGACAUUUGAUCCAACGUCAACACGUGCUAGCUUUUGGAUGUCAUUAAUCCACUGUAGAACACUUAACCAGACCAGGAGCGCACAGGCAGGCAGGCAGGCAGCAAGAAAGCCGUGCCUCAACACUAAGGUAGAUUAUUCCCAGCCGUUUGGACUGCCUGGGCUAGCGGAGAUCACUCCUUGCUACAGAAAUGGAAUACUGUCAGACGCUGUAGGGAAGCAGAACUGGACCUUUAUAGGGCUACUACUACACACACUCUGACAUGUUACAUGGUUCUGGGUCUCACUUUCUCUCACACACUGUGUGAGUGGGUUCUAACGGUGGGUGGGGGGGGUGUGUGUUUCUGUGUGUUUCUACAUGUGUGUCUGUGUGUUUCUACGUGGUUGAUGGUUGCAGCGUCGCGCCACUACUCUCGCUCCACGGGAGCUCUCCACACCGCCGAUGCUUUAGGGGCCGCAGGUGAACAAUGAGUACCUCUAUCCUCUUUCUCUCUCUCCAUCCGCUUGAGUCCUUCUCUUUUACGUUCUCUACAGCUACUCCUCCUUUUUUUUUUUCCUUCCUUCUCUUCCUGGACCUCAAGUUUCCGCCACCCCGUUCAGUUGCUAUGACAACCAUUUUGUCUUCAUUCCGAUGAUGCAUUUGUAAUCGCGCUUUCCUCACUUAUCGAUUUCCUGAUUUUAGCCCCUCUUCCCUUCGACACGGACACGCCCCCGCACAGCGUCCUCCAUGUUUGUUUUUUGUUUACUCCCAUCAUGCUUUGCAUGGAAGGUCACAGCUCUUGGGGUCAAGGUUCAUUUGGUUAUUUAUUCACCAUGCCAUCUAGCCGGGGGGGGGGGGGGGGGGGUUUGUUAUGUGAUUGGUGGAGGUCGGAGGGAGGUCGGUGAUCGGAUCGGGUGGGUGAGCGUGGGAGGGAGAAGGUUUGAUGGGGUGGGGGAGGGAGGGAAGAGGUUGGUGAGGGAGUGAAUAGGAGAGGAGGUCGGAGGCGAUGAGGGAGGAGGUCGGAGGCGAUGAGGAGGUUAGAGAUGAUGAGGGUGGGAGGGAGGAGGUCGGAGGCGAUGAGGGUGGGAGGGAGGAGGUCGGAGGCGAUGAGGAGGUCGGAGACGAUGAGGGUGGGAAGGAGGAGGUUGUUGGGUGAGGGUGGAAGGGAUUGCAAUUUGAUGUGUUUGACUGCAUCUAUAAUAUGUGCGUUUCAGGGUCUCUCUUUCGCUCUCUCUGUCCUCCCUCCAGGGUCAGGCUACAGUAUCAGUCAUCUGCCGUCGUCCGUCAGCGCCAUGAGAGUCCUCAACACAGGAUCUGAUAUAGAGGAGGCCCUCGCUGACGCCCUGGUACACAUCAACUCUCUCCCUGUCUCUCCCUGUCUCUCCCUGUCUCUAUCAUGGCUCAUUAUAUACACACAUACAAGCACUUACACUGUACACACACGCUCUCUCACACUAACUCAAAGUGGUAUUCAAAGUCAGGGUCGCGACCCAUAGUGAGGUUAUUUACAUUUUUAAUAAGUGAGAUGAAAAUGGAAUGAAUUGAAGGUUAUUUGUUGAUGUAAAAAAUUUACAUUUACUGAUUUUUUAAAAGUUUCUGUCAUUAUAUUUGGGAUAUGGUGAAAAACAUGGGUUCCCUGUUGAAAAGGUUUGAAUACCACUGCACUAACUGUUGUGGUGACUAACCACUGGUUCCUCCUCUGUUUAACGCUAUCAGCUGUUGGGGGACAUGAGAUCCAAGGUCAGCUUCUCUAUCUGCUUGUGUGUGUUGUGUGUGUGUUGUGUGUGUGUGUGUUGUGUGUGUACAAACGCCAAGUAUGUUUCUCUCUCCCUCCCCCUGUAGACGAAGCCAGCGCGCCGGCGCUAUGAGAACUAUGGGAUGUGUUCGGAUGAUGACGCUAACAGUGACGCGUCCAGCGCCUGCUCAGAGCGCUCCUACAGCUCCAGGAACGGAGGGGCCAUCCCGACGUACAUGAGACAGACUGACGACGUGGCCGAGGUCAGGAAUCAUUGAUUUAUUGGCACCAUGUGCAAAUAACAUUCCCUUAUUCCAAUUUUUUCAAGCACUUCUGUUCAGAUAAUCCCCCAUGCUUUCUGUGGAUUCCUGGCUGAAGAUUCAAUAGUUCAUUUAUUUAGGACGUUGUCAUCCAUCCUUUAACCCUCUGUCCCCCAGGUGUUGAACCGCUGUGCCAGUGCUAACUGGUCGGAGAGGAAGGAGGGGCUUCUGGGUCUACAGGCUCUACUGAAGAACCAAUGCACCCUCAGGUCAGCCUAUCACAACGUAGGGUUUAACCUGGCAACCUAUGACAACGCAGGGUUUCACCUGGCAGCCUAUCACAACGCAGGGUUUCACCUGGCAGCCUAUCACAAAUGCAGUCAGAGAAAAAGUUUAUCCGAUGCAAUACAUAUGCUACCAUAGCUGUAUUCACCUUUGUCUAACCGUUUGGGGUGUGUGUGUGUGUGUGUGUGUGUGUGUGUGUGUGUGUGUGUGUGUACACAGUCGUGUGGAGCUGAAGAGGUUGUGUGAAAUCUUCACCAGGAUGUUUGCAGACCCCCACAGUAAGGUAUGGAUGCAUGCACAGCUACCACACACACACACACACACACCUUACACACACACACACACACACACCUUACACACACACGCACACAACACACAGACACCUUACACACACACACCUUACACACACACACAGUCACGUUACACACACACACACACACACCUUACACACACACCUUACGCACACACGCACACAACACACAGACACCUUACACACACACACACACCUUACACACACACACCUUACACACACACACCUUACACACACACACACACACACAGUCACCUUACACACACAGUCACCUUACACACACACACACACAACACACAGACACCUUACACACACCUGCGUUUAUACAAGAUUCUGCCGAAAACAACACUCACUAAACUAGGUUCUGCAAACACACAUUUAUUCUCACACACGGAAACACAGAAACACACAGACACACAGACACACUAAGACUCAUAAUCAGACCAAUAGUAAUGAGCACACAUACAGCAUGUGGUGCGUGCUGCGGGAUCUGACUGGUUUCUAACGGCAUGCCACGCCUGGGUCUGUGUGACCUCACUCCGCUAGCCAAUGGGAUUGCUCUCUCACUGCUGGUUGUGCUAACCUCGCUCACGGCAACUCCUCCCCUCUUCCUCCCUGCGUGAUCUAUAUACGGUUCGCCCUGCCCCCUCUAACGGCACUCCCCCUCCCCUCCUGCCGGCGUUUAGUGUUCCCCCAACCCGCUCCCCCGUACAAAGGUUAGUGUGUGUUCCCCCUGCCGCCCCCAACCCCACGUCCUGCCCCUCGUCUGACGGUACCGGUUGUGACUUUCAGCGAGAAUCCGGAUCUAGGGUCUUUGGAACGGCAGAAUCCGGUGUAAGCUCAGCCUCCUUCAAGGUACACCUAAACAUCACACACUUCUCUCUUCGGCUCUCUCUCUCUCUCUCUUUCUCUCUCGUGUGUAUACAGGCACAGAGAUUCCUAUAAGAAUCAGGAGGUUCUGAUAAUAGGGCUGCAGUCCUAGUCUGAUAUGACAUCACAAUACCACCUGUUUCAGUCCUAGUCUGAUAUGACAUCACAAUACAACCUGUUUCAGUCCUAGUCUGAUAUGACAUCACAAUACCACCUGUUUCAGUCCUUGUCUGAUAUGACAUCACAAUACCACCUGUUUCAGUCCUAGUUUGAUAUGACAUCACAAUACCACCUGUUUCAGUCCUAGUCUGAUAUGACAUCACAAUACCACCUGUUUCAGUCCUAGUCAGAUAUGACAUCACAAUACCACCUGUUUCAGUCCUAGUUUGAUAUGACAUCACAAUACCACCUGUUUCAGUCCUAGUCUGAUAUGACAUCACAAUACCACCUGUUUCAGUCCUAGUCUGAUAUGGCAUCACAAUACCACCUGUUUCAGUGCUAGUCUGAUAUGACAUCACAAUACUACCUGUUUCAGUCCUAGUCUGAUAUGACAUCACAGUACCACCUGUUUCAGUCCUAGUCUGAUAUGACAUCACAGCACCACCUGUUUCAGUCCUAGUCUGACAUCACAGUACCACCUGUUUCAGUCCUAGUCUGUUAUGACAUCAAAAUACCACCUGUUUCAGUCCUAGUCUGUUAUGACAUCAAAUACCACUUGUUUCAGUUCACGGGUACUCUGACACCAGUCCGAGUCGGGAAGUGGUGUGUGUACACUGCACACAUAUCUCUGUGCGCGUUUGAUGAGAGAGUGUGUGUGUGUGCGUGCUCGUGUGUGUGUGUGUGUGUGUGUAUUUCCCAGGAUGCUAACUGUUUGUAUGUUUCUCUGUCCUCCAUGCUUCUCCUUUGGAACUCUCUGUAGAGAGUAAGUCUGGACAACGUUUAUUUUACGUUCAAUUAACGUUUUAUUAACGUUUGUGGUUGUGACACUAACCUGGUAAUCUGAUUGGCAACUAAUCUCGAAUUGAUUAAUCUGCCGAAUGGUAAUCUGACUGGGCGGCUAAUUGAAUGGUUUCCAAGGCAACCAGACUCACUAACCGACCCGGUGAUGUCACCCCUCACAGAUGUGACAUCACUAUGAAAUCAUCACACCCUCCUGUGAUUGGUGCUGUUCUGCAGGCGACAGCCAAUCAGCAUGUGUGUUUAGUGAAUACUGAAUAUUGAUUGUGUAUUGGUAAACAUAAUUCUGCUUGCUGCACGCUGACUGGAGUGACUGAUUUGAUUGGUUGGUUGGUUGUUAAGUGAGUGUAGUUGUCUCUUGCAUGGGACCCUGAGCUCCCCUCAGCCUACCCCAUAGUACCGGAGUCUGUCUGUUUCUGUGUGUAUGCGUGCUCGCGUGUGUACAUGAGUGUGUGUUUAAACAGUGUGUACAGUGCGUUCGGGAAGUAUUCAGACCCCUUGACUUUUUCCACAUUUUGUUACGUUACAGCUUUAUUUUAUUAUGGAUAUACAUAUAAAUAAAAACAAUUACUCAUCAAUCUACACACAAUACCCCAUAAUGACUAAGCGAAAACAGGUUUUUAGGUUUUCUUUGCAAAUGUAUGAAAAAUAAAUAACAGAGAUACCUUAUUUACAUAAGUAUUCAGACCCUUUGCUAUGAGACUCGAAAUUGAGCUCAGGUGCAUCCUGUUUCCAUUGAUCAUCCUUGAGAUGUUUCUACAACUUGAUUGGAGUCCACCUGUGGUAAAUUAAAUUGAUUGGACAUGAUUUGGAAAGGCACACACCUGUCUAUAUAAGGUCCCACAGUUGACAGUGCAUGUCAGAACAAAAACCAAGCCAUGAGGUCGAAGGAAUUGUCCGUAGAGCUCCGAGACAGGAUUGUGUCGAGGCACAGAUCUGGGGAAGGGCAGCAAAAAAUGUCUGCAGCAUUGAAGGUCCCCAAGAACACAGUGACCUCCAUCAUUCUUAAAUGGAAGAAGUUUGGAACCACCAAGACUCUUCCUAGAGCUGGCAAUCGGGGGAGAAGGGCCUUGGUCAGGGAGGUGACCAAGAACCCGAUGGUCAUUUUGACAUGGCUCCAGAGUUUCUCUGUGAAGAUGGGAGAAUCUUCCAGAAGGACAACCAUCUCUGCAGCACUCCACAAAUCAGGCCUUUAUGGUAGAGUGGCCAGACGCAAGCCACUCCUCAGUAAAAGGCACAUGACAGCCCGCUUGGAGUUUGCCAAAAGGCACCUUAAGACUCUCAGACCAUGAGAAACAAGAUUCUCUGGUCUGAUGAAACCAAGAUUGAACUCGCCUGAAUGCCAAGCGUCAUGUCUGGAGGAAACCUGGCACCAUCCCUACGGGGAAGCAUGGUGGUGGCAGCAUCAUGCUGUGGGGAUGUUUUUCAGUGGCAGAGACUGGGAGACUAGUCAGGAUGAGGGAAAGAUGAACGGAGCAAAGUACAGAGAGAUACUUGAUGAAAAUCUGCUCCAGAGCGUUCAGGACCUCAGACUGGGGUGAAGGUUCACCUUCUAACAGGACAACGACCCUAAGCACACAGCCAAGACAACGCAGGAGUGGCUUCGGGACAAGUCUCUGAAUGUCCUUGAGUGGCCCAGCCAGAGCCCGGACUUGAACCCAAUCGAACAUCUCUGGAGAGACCUGAAAAUAGCUGUGCAGCGACGCUCCCCAUCCAACCUGACAGAGCUUCAGAGGAUCUGCAGAGAAGAAUGGGAGAAACUCCCCAAAUACAGGUGUGCCAAGCUUGUAGCGUCAUACCCAAGAAAACUCAAGGCUGUAAUCGCUGCCAAAGGUGCUUCAACAAAGUACUGAGUAAAGGGUCUGAAUACUUAUGUAAAUGCGAUAUUUCCGUUUUUUAUUUUUAAUAAAAUAGCAACAACCAAAAAGCACCUGUUUUUGCUUUGUCAUUCUGGGGUAUUGUGUGUAGAUUCAUGAGGGGGGAAAAAAAACAAUUUAAUACAUUUUAGAAUAAGGCUGUAACGUAAAAAAAAAUGUGGAAAAAGUCAAGGGGUCUGAAUACUUUCUGAAGGCACUGUGUGUGUUUAUAUAUACAGUAUGUGUGGGUGCGUGUACAUUAUUAUGUGUGUGUGUGUGUGUGUGUGUGUGUGUGUGUGUGUGUAACCCGAUGGCCCCUGUCUCUCCCCAGGUGUUCAGUAUGUUCUUGGAGACCCUUGUGGACUUUGUCCUGGUGUAUAAAGAAGACCUGCAGGACUGGCUGUUCGUCCUGCUCACCCAGCUGCUGAAGAAGAUGGGAGCUGACCUACUGGGAUCAGUACAGGCCAAGGUCCAGAGAGCACUGGACAUCACACGGUCAGUCUUGGUGUGUGUAAAAUGUCAGUCUUGGUGUGUUUCGACAUGUGUAUGUAACGUGUGUGUGUGUGUGUGUGUGUGCGUGCGCGUAUAUCUUAUAUGUGUGUGUCUGUAACUUACCGUGUGUGCGUGUUAUCUCCCCUACAGAGUGUCUUUCCCCAACGACCUCCAGUUCACUAUCCUCAUGAGGUUCACUGUGGACCAGACUCAGACACCCAACCUCAAGGUACACAGCUGGGGGGUGUUGGGGGGUGGUUGUUUUAUGUGUGUGUGUUGGGGGGUGGUUGUUUUAUGUGUGUGUUGGGGGGUGGUUGUUUUAUGUGUGUGUUGUGGGGUGGUUGUUUUAGUGUGUGUGUGGGUGGUUUAAUUUUUGUAGGCUUUUUUAAAAAAAAAUGUGGUGGGGUUUUUUUUUUUUUUUUGUUUUUGGUGUGGGGUUUUUUUUACGUUGUUUUUUUGGGGUGCUUUUGUCUUUUAUGUGUGUGUGUGUUGUUUUGUGUGUGUUGUGUGUGUCGUUUGGGUUUUUUUUGUUUCAGUAUGUUCUUGGGUUGUUCUUUCUGGUGUUGGGUGGGCUGGUUUUUGUCGGUUUUUUUCCCCUGUGGGUGGGUGCCUUGGUUCAGGGGGGGUCCGAGUUGGGGGGUAGGUCGCCCUUGUGUGUGGGGUUGUUUUUUGGUGUGUUUGGGGGUGUUUUUUCGUGUGUUUUGGGGGGUUUUUUGUGUGUGGGGGGGUGGGUUUUCUUUUUUGUGGGGGGGGUUUUUUCUGUCUUGUGGGGGUUGUUGUUUUCUCCCUGGUGUUUGUUUGUUUUCCUUGGUUUGUGGGUGCCCCUUCCGUUUGGUGGUGUUUGGGGUGGUUGUUUUUGUUUUGUUGGGGGGGUUUGUUUUUGUUGGUGUUUUUUGGUUUUGGUUUGUUUUUUGUGUGUUGGGGGUGGUUUUUUUUUUUGGUGUUUUUGUGGGGUGGUUUGUUUUCUGUGUGUGUUGGGGGGGUGUUGUUUUUGUGUGUUUUGUGGGGGGGUUUGUUUUUUAUGUGUGUUGUGAGGUGUUGUUUUUUUGUGUUGUUUGGGUUGUUGUUUUCUUGGUUUGUGGGGGUGGUUGUUUUUUUUUUUUGGGGGUGUUGUUUUUUGUGUGUUUGGGGGGUGUUGUUUUUGUGUGUUUUUGGGGGGUGGUUUGUUUUCUUUUUUGUUGGGGGUUGGUGUUUUCUGUGUUUUGUUGGGGGUGUUGUUUUUUGUUUUUGGGGGUGUUUUUGUUGGGGUUUUUUUUUGGGGGGUUUUCUUUUUUGUGUUUUGGGGGGGGGGUUGUUUUCGGUGUGUGUUGGGGGGGGGUUGUUUGUGUGUGUGUUGGGGGGUGGUUGUUUUAUGUGUGUGUGUUGGGGGGGGGUUGUUUUAUGUGUGUGUUGGGGGGUGGUUGUUUUACGUGUGUGUGUUUGGGGGGGGGUUGUUUUAUGUGUGUGUUGGGGGGGGGUUGUUUUUGUGUGUGUGUUGGGGGGUGGUUGUUUUUUCCUUGUGGUGUUGGGGGGGUGGUUGUUUUAUGUGUGUGUUGGGGGGUGGUUGUUUUAUGUGUGUUGUUGGGGGUGGUUUGUUUUCUGUGGUUUUUGGGGGGUGGUUGUUUUUUUGUGUUUGUUGGGGGGGUGGUGUUUCUGUGUGUUUUUGGGGGGUGGUUGUUUUUGUGGUUUGGGGGUGGUUGUUUUCUUGUGUGUUUGGGGUGUGGUUGUUUUCUUUUGUGUGUUGGGGGUGGUUUUUUUUGUGUGGUGUUGGGGGGUGGGUUUUUUUUUGUGUUGUUGGGGGGGUUGUUUUUGUGUGUUUUGCUUUCCCUUGGAAAGAGAUGGACAGAGUGAGGAGAUGAUGAGGGAUAUAGGGAGGGCUGAAAGGACGACAGCCUAUCGGUCGCAAGACUCACCUACUGUAUCAGUAACCACCGUUCUGACCUCACGGCUGUUUAACGCUGGCUCCGCCCCCCCCACCCACCCGAUCCCUGGACUCUGAUUGGAUACGACUGACACGCCUCCAAUUAAAUACACCAACCACUGGCUUUGUUCUGCAGUCUGAUCCCUUUCCUACACUCCUUCACUCUAUUCCCCCCCUUCCCUUCCUCCAUCUUCUGCUCCCUCUCUCCCCUCCCUCCACCUCCCCUUCUAACCCACAGGCCGGCAGAUGGCGAUAUUGAUCUGGUAUUGAUGGUCCAUAUUACCGUCCAAACGCUUUGUAUGCAGCCGGCAAUGCGCUCAUAUCCGCUGCGGACCAGUUCGUACCCAAAACAUUCUCCAUUCAGGCUGAAAAGGUGUCAAUAUCGCAAUCUGCCGGCCGGCUUGUGUCUGUCUGUCUCUCUGUCCUCCAUCCCCUUCCUCCCCUCUCACUUGCCCUCUCAUCUUUUCUCUCCCUCCCCUACCUUCCUCUCUCCCCCUUCUCCCCCCUCCCUCCCCCCCCCCCCCCCCCCCCCCCUCCCUCUCUCUGACACGGUGCUCUCCUCUCUCUCUCUAAGCCUGUGGAGAGGAGGGGGACGUGUUGUGGGCGGCGCGGCAUUCAAUUACUUCCCCCUGCUUCGAGAGUCAUGCGGCGCGAAGUUAAAUUGCUCCCCUCUGCCACGAGAGCCCUGAGGCACCACGCCUGCUGCUCUCUGAACGAGCAGGUCUCAGCCUGGAACCAAUCUUCCCAGGUCAGUGUGCUCAGGGGGGAGCAAUUUUAUGACGCGCACACUGAGGAGCAGAUGGUCGAUGAGGUGUUUUUAAUAGAGAGAGAGAGGGAAAGAUGGAGAAAAUGAAUGAAAAAUAAAAUAAAUCAAUUAAACGCCGCUCGUGAACGGUGGCUCUUUUCCUUUUAGUUUUCAUUUCUCUACAUUGGUUCCUCACUCCUCCAUGAUAGCUGCGUGACUACUACUGUGAAAGAGAUUGGCAUCCUACUGCACCCUCCAUUGUUGCAGAUGUCUGCCUGAAACUACUACAGUUUACUUUGUAUUACUGAGUACUUUUAACUUUACCUGGGCUCUGACUAGAGCCAGUUUCAGCUCAGAGUUGGGGAACUCCUAGGAUGAUCCAUGAUCCACACAGACACAAAAUGUCACUGACUGUGUGUGAGUAGGUUGUCUAACGUUUAUACUAUGACUGUGUGUCUGUGUGUGUGUGUGUGUGUGUGUGUGUGUGUGUGAGUAGGUUGUCUAACGUUUAUACUAUGACUGUGUGUCUGUGUGUGUGUGUGUGUGUGUGUGUGUGUGUGUGUGUGUGUGUGUGUCUCUGUGUGUGUGUGUGUGUGUGUGUGUCCAGGUGAAGGUGGCCAUUCUGAAGUACAUUGAGACCUUGACCCUGCAGAUGGAGCCUCAGGACUUUGUGAACUCCAGUGAGACGCGCCUGGCUGUGUCUCGCAUCAUCACCUGGACCACAGAGCCCAAGAGCUCCGACGUCAGGAAGGUACUGUACGCACGCACACAUACACACACACACACACACACACACACACACACACAUUUCUGUGCAAAUGGUUGAUUUAUUGGUUGUAGCAAACUGAUUUGGUUCCUGAUGCGUGUGCGCGUGGUUGGUACAUGUUAUGUUGUGUAUGUAAGUGUUACAAAAAGGCUAAGUAUGUUUCUCUCUUUCUCUCUCUCCCUGUUUUCCAGGCGGCCCAGUCGGUACUUAUCUCAUUGUUCCAGUUGAACACUCCAGAGUUCACCAUGCUGCUGGCAGCCCUGCCCAAGACCUUCCAGGACGGAGCCACCAAACUGCUACAGAACCACCUGAGGAACACCGGCAACACUGCACAGGUAACUGCACCUGUCCUUGGCUGUACCCCCCUCCCAGCAGUAACUACACCUGUCCUUGGCUGUACCCCCCCCCCCCAGCAGGUAACUGCACCUGUCCUUGGCUGUACCCCAACCCCCCCCCCCCCCCCAGCAGGUAACUGCACCUGUCCUUGGCUGUACCCCCCCCCCCCCCCCCCCCCCCCCCCCCCCCAGUUUGGCCUGAUGAAGGCUCUGUAGGAGUUGGUUAUAGACACUGUAAGAAUGAUGAGGCUGGUGGAAACUAAAAGGCCCUAGCAUGUUCUGAGGAAUUGAUGCUAUUGUGUGUUACUCUCUUCCCCCAGGCCCCGAUGGGAAGUCCUCUGACACGCCACACCUCCCGCUCUCCUGCCAGCUGGUCCAGCCCCGUCACCUCUCCUACCAAAACAUCACAGAACACAUCCUCACCCAGGUAACACACACACACCUCCCAGAACACACCCAGGUAACACACACACCUCCCAGAACACACCCAGGUAACACCUACACACUUAUAUAAUGUGGACCUAUUGCGAUGGUAAUAUGACUGAUGUGUUGUGUGCAGUGCGUUUGACUACGACACGGAGAACAUGAACUCAGACGACAUCUACAGUAGUCUGAGAGGAGUUACGGAGGCCAUCCAGAACUUCUCCGUCCGCAGCCAGGAAGACAUGAACCAAACGGUGAGGGCGAGAGAGAGACUGUGUGAACCCUACACGAUGGAAUGUGUCUUAUAAAUGCCAGCUCGGUUUCUUGAUUAUUUAUACACCACACAGACACACACACACACACACACACACACACAGACACACACACACACACUGACACCAGAUAAGUCCUACCACUCCCCCUGUAGGGUGGGAACUGUGUGUAAGGGAGAGAGAGAGACACUGAACUCCAUAACCAUAUAACCCCAUCUGUUGUGACAUUGUCUGGGGUCAAAGCAUCACAUACAGUGACUUCGGAAAGUAUUCAGACCCCUUGACUAUUUCCACAUUUUGUUACGUUACAGCAUUAUUCUAAUGCUCACUUCUCUCCGGGGUUCCCCUGCUCCCCCCUCGGGUCUCUCUCGUCUUCUUUCCCUCCCUCUUCGUCUCUCUCCCUCUCUCUUCCUCUCCCUCUCCCUUCUCUUGUCUUCUCUCUUGUCUCUCUCCCUCCCCUCUCUCUGUUCUCUUGUUUCUCCCCCGCUCUGUCUCUCUUACUCUCCCUCCUCUCUUUCCCCUCGUCUCGCUCUGUCUCUUCCCUCCUCUUUCCCGUCUCUCUCCCCCACUCUUUGUCUCUUCCCUCGCUUUCUCUGUCUCUCUCCCCUCUCUUUUCUUCUUCUCUCCCUCACCCCUGUUUUCCCUCCUCUCUCUCUUCUCUCUCCCUCCUCUUCCCUCCCUUCUCGUUCUCUCCCCCGCUUCUCUUUGUCUUCUCCCUCGCUUUGUCUCUGUUUCUCCCUUUCCCUCCCUUUUUUCUGUCUCUCUCCCUCUUCUGUCUCUCUCCCUCGCUCCUUUCUCCUUCCCCCGCUCGUUUUUCCUUCUCUUCCCCCGUCUGCCUGUCUUCUCCCUCGCCCUUGUUCUCCCCCUCGCUCUUUUCUCUCCCUCCUCUGUCUUUUCUCUCCUUUCCUCUGUCUUUCCCCUCGUUUCUUCUUUCUUUCCCCCUUGUCUCUGUCUUCUCCCUCGGUCUCCCUCCCUCUCUCUGUCUCUCCCUCCUCUUCCCGUCUCUCCCCUCGCUCUUCUCUGCCCCCUUUUCCCCGUUUUCUUUUCCCCCUCCUCUUCGUUCCCCCUCGUUUCUCUUCCCUCCCUCGUCUGUCUUGUUCCUUCCCCCGUCUCCUUGUCCCCCUCCCCCUUGUCUUCUCCCCCCUUUUCUUGUUCCUUGCUCUCUCUCCCUUUCCCCCGCUCUUCUUUUCUUGUUUCCCCCCUUUUUCCCCGCUCCCCUUGCUCUCCCGCCCCGUUUUCCCCGGGGCCCCGCCCCGGGGCCGCCCCCCUCGCCCUCUUUCUCUCUCUCCCUCCUUUCUCUGUUCUCUCCCUCGCUCUCCUCCUUUUCUCCUCUCUCUCUCUCGUUUUUUCUCCCCUCUCCCCCCUUCUUGUUUUCCCGCUCUUCUUGUUUCUCCCCUUUGUUCUUUUUCCCUCGUUCCUCUGUCUCUCCCUUCUCUGUCUCUCUCCCUUCCGUUCCUCUCUUUCCUCGCUCUGUCUCUCUCCCCUUUCUUUUUUCCCCCUCCCUCGCUCUUUCUUCCCCUCUCCCCCCGCCUUUCCUCUCCCUCUGUCUCUCCCCCGCCCCCUUUUGUCUCUCUCCCUGCUCCUUCCCUUCCCUCCUCGUCUCUUCUCUCUCCCCCGUUCCCUCUCCCUCCUCUUUUCUCUGUCUCCCCCCUCCCUUUUCUCUCCCCCCCUUUUCUCCCUCCCCCUCGUUGUCUCUUUCUCCCCCCCCGCUCUCUUUCUCUCUCCCUCCUCUCUCUCUCCCUCCCCCCUCCUUUUUCUCCCCUCGUCCCCUUUGCCCCCCUGCUCUGUCUCUCUCCCUCCCCUGCUCUCUCUCCCUCGCUCUUCUCGUCUCUCUCCCUCGCUCUUCUCUCCUUCCCUGCUGUUUCCCCCACUCCUCUGUCCUCCCCUCCUUUCCUUUCUCUCUCCCUCGCUCUCUCCCUCUCCCCGCCUUUUUUCCCCCUUCUCUUCUCUCCCCCGCUCUCUCCUUUCUCCCCCGUCUCUUCCCCCUGUCUCUCUCCCCUCCCCCCCUUUCCCCCCCCCCCUUGUUUCUCCCCCUCCCCUCCCUCUUUCCCCUCCCUCCCUGUCUUGUCUCUCUCCCUCCUCUCUCGUCUCCCCUCUCCCCCUCUGGCUCUUCCCUUCGCUCUCUCUUUUUCUCUCCCCCUCUGUUUUCUCUCCCUCCUCUGUCUCUCCCGUCUCUCCCCUCUCCUCGCUCUCUCCCUUCCCCCUCCCCUUCCCCUCUCCCUCCUCUUCCUUCUCCCCCUCUCUCCUCUUUUUCUCCCUCGCUCUGUCUCUGUCCUCUCCUGCUCUCUUUGUCCCCCUCUCUCGUUCCUCUCGUUCUCUCCCCCGCUCCCCCUCUUUUCUCUUCCCUCUUUUCUCUCCCUGCUUCUCCCCCUCUUCCCCUCUCCCUCGCUUCUCUUGUCUCUCUCCCUCGCUCUUCUCCUUCCUCCCUUUGUCUCUCUCCCCUCCCCUGUUUCCCCCUUCUCUUCCUUCCUUUUGCUCUUCUCUGUUCUCUCCUCGCUCUUCCCCUUUUUCUCUCCCUCGCUCUCUCUCCUUCCUCCUUGUCUCCUUUCCCUGCUCUUUUCUGUCUCUUUCCCCUCCUCUUUCUGUCUCUUCCCCUCGUCUCUCUCGCUCUCUUCCUCCCCUCGCCCCCUCUUUUCUGUCUCUCUCCCUCUCUUCUCUCUCCCUUCCCCUUUUCCCUGUCUUUCCCCCGUCUCUCUCCCCGUCUCUCCCCCUCCUCUUCUUUUUCUCCCUCCUUCUGUCCUCUCUCUCGUCUCUCUCCCCGCUCUCUUCCCUUCUCCCCUUCUCUUUUCUCUCUUUCCUUCCUCCUUGUCUCUCUCCUCCCCCUCCUCUUCUCGUCUCUCUCCCCCCUUUUGUCUCUGCCCCUCCCCCCUUGCCGCUCUCUUUUCCCCCCCCGCUCUCUCCUUUUUUUCCCCUCGGGCCCCUUUGCCCCCCCCCUUCCCCUUUUCCUUCCCCUGUUUGCCUUUCUUUGUCUUCUUUGUUCCUCGUUCUCCCCUGCUUCCCCUCCCCCGCUCUUCCUGUUCCCUGGGUUUUCCCCCUUUUCCCCUCGUUUUUCCCCCCUUUUUCCCCCCGUUUUCCCCCCAUCUCUCUUCCUUUCCCCCUUCUCUAGGGGGGGGGACCCGGGAGGAGGCCCUACUCCUUUACACAACACUUUUUAACCCCCCCGUUUUUCUCUUCCCCCGGGAUGAACCCUUAAGACUCCCCCUUUAAAAAACGCGUCAAAGAACCUGGAAAACAGACCCCAAAAGAGGUACCCAAUUUUAAAAAAGAAUACAACAACCAACCCCCUUCUUUUACAACCAAAUUAAAUCCUGGUCAGCGUAAAACUUCCCAAAACCCAAACAAAAAUGGGCCUUUUUUCUUCUUUCAAACCCCCACCCAAAAUUAAAAAAUCCUCCAUUGGGGUGGGGGGGGCCAGUGUUUUUUUUUGGGAAUUAGGGGAGCAUUAAAACCUGGGUUCUAAACCCCCCCCCGGGGUUAAAAAUGGUGGUUUUAAUAAAAAAAAAGGAAAAAGGGAAAAAAAAAAAAAAAAAAAAUUUUUCCCCAAAAAAAAACUUUGGUCCCUUAAAAACUCUCCUCCCUCUCUCUCUCUCCCUCCUCUCUCUCUCUCUCUCUCAGGGUGGUGGUGCUGACCAGGUGGAUGGAGGCCGUACUGCUCUGGACAACAAGACAUCUCUUCUCAACACCCCCCUGCUCUCCUCUUCUCCCCGGGCAUCCCGAGACCCCUUUAUAGACUCCCCCUUUAAACACAGCGUCAAAGAUAUUUCACUGGAAGAAUCAGACCAGCAAACUGAUGGUACACACAACAUUUCUUAAAGUGUCAUAUAUGAUUGAUAAGUUGUCAAUCAGUAUCUCAACCCCCAUUGGCUGUUGCCCCUGACAGACCGCAGCAUUGACCAAUCGGAGCUGGUGUCUGAGCUGCUGAAGGAACUGUCCAAUCACAAUGAGCGCGUGGACGAGAGGAAGGUGGCGCUUUGUGAGCUCUUGAAGCUGAUUCGUGAAAACACCCUGCAGGUCUGCUGGGACGAACACUUCAAAACCAUCCUCCUGUUACUACUGGAGACGCUGGGAGACAGGGAGGUACACACGCGUGCAUCAAUGCACUUACACACACACUUUUUGAACAAACGGACAACUUACCGCUCUUCUCCUCUGUCCCCUCCUCCCCUGCAGCAUGUGAUCAGGGAGUUAGCUCUGCGUGUUCUGAGGGAGAUUCUGAGCCGCCAGCCCUGGAGGUUUAAGAACUACGCUGAGCUCACCAUCAUGAAGGCCCUGGAGGCACACAAGGACCCACACAAAGAGGUACACACACAUACUCUGUAAAACACAGACAUACACACACACACACACUCCUUAUAAUAUACACACACACUCCUUAUAAUAUACAUGCACUACAGAUAAUAUAAUCUCUUGCAGAUGCAAACACUUACACUGGACUCUCUCACAUACACACACAUUGACUCUCCCACUGUUGUUCCUGUGUGUGAAUAGGAGUCAUUAUAACUGGUCCUAUAACCCUGUUCCUGUGUGUGAAUAGGAGUCAUUAUAACUGGUCCUAUAACCCUGUUCCUGUGUGUGAAUAGGAGUCAUUAUAACUGGUCCUAUAACCCUGUUCCUGUGUGUGAAUAGGAGUCAUUAUAACUGGUCCUAUAACCCUGUUCCUGUGUGUGAAUAGGAGUCAUUAUAACUGGUCCUAUAACCCUGUUCCUGUGUGUGAAUAGGAGUCAUUAUAACUGGUCCUAUAACCCUGUUCCUGUGUGUGAAUAGGAGUCAUUAUAACUGGUCCUAUAACCCUGUUCCUGUGUGUGAAUAGGAGUCAUUAUAACUGGUCCUAUAACCCUGUUCCUGUGUGUGAAUAGGAGUCAUUAUAACUGGUCCUAUAACCCUGUUCCUGUGUGUGAAUAGGAGUCAUUAUAACUGGUCCUAUAACCCUGUUCCUGUGUGUGAAUAGGAGUCAUUAUAACUGGUCCUAUAACCCUGUUCCUGUGUGUGAAUAGGAGUCAUUAUAACUGGUCCUAUAACCCUGUUCCUGUGUGUGAAUAGGAGUCAUUAUAACUGGUCAUAUAACCCUGUUCCUGUGUGUGAAUAGGAGUCAUUAUAACUGGUCCUAUAACCCUGUUCCUGUGUGUGAAUAGGAGUCAUUAUAACUGGUCCUAUAACCCUGUUCCUGUGUGUGAAUAGGAGUCAUUAUAACUGGUCCUAUAACCCUGUUCCCGUGUGUGAAUAGGAGUCAUUAUAACUGGUCCUAUAACCCUGUUCCCGUGUGUGAAUAGGAGUCAUUAUAACUGGUCCUAUAACCCUGUUCCCGUGUGUGAAUAGGAGUCAUUAUAACUGGUCCUAUAACCCUGUUCCCGUUUGUGAAUAGGAGUCAUUAUAACUGGUCCUAUAACCCUGUUCCCGUUUGUGAAUAGGAGUCAUUAUAACUGGUCCUAUAACCCUGUUCCCGUUUGUGAAGGAGCCAUUAUAACUGGUCCUAUAACCCUGUUUGUGAAGGAGCCAUUAUAACUGGUCCUAUAACCCUGUUUGUGAAGGAGCCAUUAUAACUGGACCUAUAACCCUGUUUGUGAAGGAGCCAUUAUAACUGGUCCUAUAACCCUGUUUGUGAAGGAGCCAUUAUAACUGGUCCUAUAACCCUGUUUGUGAAGGAGCCAUUAUAACUGGUCCUAUAACCCUGUUUGUGAAGGAGCCAUUAUAACUGGUCCUAUAACCCUGUUUGUGAAGGUGGCGCGUGCUGCAGAGGAGACUGCGGCCAUGCUGGCGUCGUCCAUCAGUCCAGACCAGUGUAUCAAGGUGUUGUGUCCCAUCAUCCAGUCAGCUGACUACCCCAUCAACCUGGCUGCCAUCAAGAUGCAGACUAAAGUUAUAGAGCGGGUCCCCCACCAUGGACUAGUCAGCAUGCUGCCUGAGAUCGUCCCCGGACUCAUACAGGUAACACACACACUCAUACAGGUCACACACACUCAUACAGGUAACACACACACUCAUACAGGUCACACAUACACACAAAGGUUGCACACAUCCUCAUGUUAAUCAGGGUUAUAACCCAUCUAUGUCAUGUUAUGCAGGGUUAUGACAACUCUGAGAGCAGCGUGAGGAAGGCCUGUGUAUUCUGUCUGGUGGCCCUCUACGCAGUCAUAGGGGAGGAGCUAAAACCUCACCUCAACCAACUGUCUGGCAGCAAGGUGAGGGAGCACACCCACUUUCUACUAACCACACCCAUUACCCAUUACCUUGAUUCACUGAACAAAAGUAAAAGCAACAUGCAACAAUUUCAAAGAUUUUACUGAGUUACAGUUCAUAUAAGGGAAUCAGGCAAUUUAAAUAAAUUCAUUAGACCCUAAUCUAUGGAUUUCACAUGACUGGGAAUACAGAUUUGCAUCUGUUGGUGAAAGGUGAUCCCAUGUAGCUCAGUUGGUAGAGCAUGGUGCUUGCCAGGGUUGUGUGUUCGAUUCCCACGGGGGGGACCAGUAUGAAAAAUGUGUGCACUCACUACUGUAAGUCGCUCUGGAUAAGAGCAUCUGCUAAAUUACUAAAAUGUUUUAAAAAGUCAGAUGCCAGUAUCUGGUGUGACCACCAUUGCGGCAUAGAGUUGAUCGGGCUGUUGAUUGUGGCCUGCGGAAGGUUGUCCCACUCCUCUUCAAUGGCUGUGUGAAGUUGCUGGAUAUUGGCGGGAACUGGAACACGCUGUCAUACAUGUCAAUCCAGAGCAUCCCAAACAUGCUCAAUGGGUGACAUGUCUGGUGAGUAUACAGGCCAUGGAAGAACAGGGACAGUUUCAGCUUCCAGGAAUUGUGUACAAAUCCUGACAACAAGUUGUUGUGCGUUAUCAUGCUGAAACAUGAGGUGAUGGCGGCGUAUGAAUGGCACGACAAUGGUCCUCAGGAAACCACUUGCCCACAGGUGUGGCAUAUCAAGAAGCUGAUUAAACAGCAUGAUCAUUACACAGGUGCUGAGGACAAUAAAAGGCCACUCUAAAAUGUGCAGUUUUGUCACAACACAAUGCCACAGAUAUCUCAAGUUUUGAGGGAGUGUACAGUUGGCAUGCUGACUGCAGGAAUGUCCACCAGAGAAUUGAAUGUUAAUUUCUCUAACAUAAGCCGCCUCCAACAUUAUUUUAGAGAAUUUGGCAGUACGUCCAACAAGCCUCAGCUUCUUGAUAUGCCACACCUGUCAGGUGGAUGGAUUAUCUUGGCAAAGGAGAAAUGCUCACUAACAGGGAUGUAAACACAUUUGUGCACAACAUUUGAGCGAAAUAAGCUUUUUGUGCGUAUGGAACAUUGUGGGGAUCUUUUUAUUUCAGUUCAUGAAACAUGGGACCAACACUUUACAUGUUGCGUUUAUAUUUUUUUCAGUGUAUAUUACUGGAUCAGCAGGAUUCUAGAAGAACUGCUUCAGUUCUACAACCCUGUAACUCUCUCCCCCCUCUCUCUCCAGUUGAAGUUGUUGAAUCGGUACAUCCAGCGUGCCCAGUCUGGCUCCAGUGGUGGUGAGCCCCCAGCAGACAACCUAUAGAACAGACAUAUGGAGAGUGCCCCCCACAGGACAACCAUGGAACCGCACUCUCCCUCUGGAGACU